GCAGCGCACAGUCCUUCUCAGCAUUGCAGUCCCCCCCUCAUUCACACAUUUCUUUAAUAAUAAGCCCUCGCAUCCCGCAAUGUCGGCCGCCAGCACCGAGACUAGUGCCCCGCUGCCCACCGCCGGCAGCCGGGUCUUCUUCCAAUCUGCGCCCGGGGUUGGCUGCGUGGGGUCCGGCCCCAUCACCGGGGACGACCCGGUGCAGAAGAAACAAGGCAAAGUGACAGUCAAGUACGAUAGGAAAGAGCUGCGGAAAAGACUCGUCCUGGAGGAGUGGAUCAUUGAGCAGCUCAGCGAGUUGUAUGACUGUGAGGAGGAGGAGAUGCCAGAGGUGGAGAUAGACAUCGAUGACCUGUUGGAGGUCAACAGUGAUGACGAGAGAGCUAGCAAACUGCAGGAAUCAUUAAUAGACUGCUACAAACCAACAGAGGACUUUGUCCGUGAGUUGCUGGGCAGGAUAAGGGGAAUGAGAAAACUCAGUGCACCAACCAAGAAGGGCCUAUAAUGGCUGUCAUGUCAACAUCAAUCACACAUAAACUACAUCAUCUCAGCUCCACCUGCUUAACCCACUCAACAUGGACUGUCAUCACACAGAAUAACUUAUCAAAAACAUUAGUAACUAUUCUGCAACCUGCAAACAUGCACCAUAAAAUCCAUGCAUAUAGCACAACAAGGUGUAUUAAUAUAUUUGACUGUUGAAAGGUACUUAAGCAAAACAGAGCCAACAUGGUGUAAUCACAUACAGCCAGAUGAAAAUGUCAAAACCCUGCAACGUGCCAGAACUGCAACAGUGCUUUAAACAUGAAUACCACCUAAUUCCAUAAUUCAGAGCCAUGUUAAAACUCCUCAAGCUGAUGCUGUAAUCCCAAACAGCCAUACAGACUAAAACACCAAUAAAUCUCAAAAAGGGAGGUGGUAAAUACAAAUGUUUGUACUGCAGUAGGUGUGAAAUUAGCUGUAGCACUAUGUAAACACAGUGCUUCACUAUUUUGUCUUUAUUUUUACUGAGGUGUUUUGCUGUUACUUCUUUUUAAAAAUGUACUGUAUGUUGCCAUUUAUUGUUCACGUGAUUGAAAUGUGGUCUUCAACAGUUUCUGUUUCUGUCCAACUUUAAAGUCAACCUCCUUACCCUUACUCCGUCAGUGCUAACAAAUGUACGUUUUAUUUUAAGCACGGGGCGUCAAUACAUCAAUUCUGUCAUUUUUGUGAUGUGUAAAACUCUGGAAAGAGCUGGGACAUUUUAGUAAACAAGGCGAAAUUAUGUUAAGAUGCUUUUUACCCUCUGUUCUAGUACAGUUUUCACCACAACAAGGCAUGAUGGGUGUUGUUGUUCUCUAUAUGACACUACAACACCUGUAUGAUUGGCAGCCUUUCACCUACCACGUCACGCAGUGUAGUCCAUUGCUGUCCCUCAUAAAAAAAAAACAUAUCAGUUGGUUGUUUAGGUUUAAGUACAAAGCCCAAACAGUUUAGUUGUUUCUCACACCCGGCUUCACUUAACUCUGCUAACUAGCCUCUCUAAUAGUGGUUGAUGUUGCCUUUAAAGACAUUCAGGAUCAGUUCACCUUUUACUCAGCACUGAACCUUAAUAACUGACAACCUAAAGGCAAAUACGGUUGAGUCAGAGCCUGAAUACAACUUGAAACUUUGACACUUAAACCUGUCAGGUCCUGCCAGGGAAGGUGUGCCAAACUGGGAGCAUUACAUCCUAAAUGUUGUACGUCAGGGAGGCAUUAGUGUGACACAGCAUUUCCACAGAGGUUGUUUGUUAAGUUUGUGAAACAUCAUCGAGUGGGCACAGAGUUUUAGGAUGUUCAAAACUUUUCCAGGUUGCAGAAAAUAAGUUGUAAUUGCAUAAUCCCAGGUUUCAGAGGUGGAUUUAGUUAUUUAUUGUUGUUAAUGACCGUCUGUGCACCAACACGCUCAAAAACCUGUAAGCUCUGGUACAAUCAUGACUAUGUUAUUGGGUUGGGCCCAGUUUCAUUUCCGAGCAGUCAAUCGUGAACCAAUUGGAAUGGAGCAGAGCUAAACCUGCCACACACACACACACAUAUAUAUAUAUAUAUAUAUAUAUAUAUAUAUAUAUAUAUAUAUAUAUAUAUAUAUAUAUAUAUAUAUAUAUAUAUAUAUAUAUGAAUACCCUCAGCUGCCAAAGACAAAAGCAGGGCAAUGUUUGAUUUUAACAUAACACUUGCGAUGCACCCGUCUUGCAUGCUUACAACAGAGAAAACAUUGAUAAAGAGUAUAGAUAUUCUAAACUUAUAAUCAAGCAAAAAAUACUUUUUUGACUUAGCUACCAUGUACGACUUUGUAGAACUUUUUGUGUUGAAACAACGUGACCGUCACGUUGGAGAGAAUCCAGGAAAUUUUAAAAAUGGUGCUGUUUUUGAUGUUCUUCCCAGGUUUCGGUUGUGUAAAAGGCGUUUUCACUGUCGACUGAUGCCAGACAAAUGUGUCUGAAAGAAAUAUGUCUGUCUUUAUUGAUGGAGUGCAUACAGUCUAAAGUGGCAUCCUCCUUGCAUUUCCUCUCCUCAGUCUGAACAGGGCUGUCACUACUCUCAGCUACAAAUGGUUGAUUUGUUUAUAAAGAUCAUAUAUUUUCUGGAUCAGUGAAUAGGAAGGAAAAGUCAAAGAGGAAGCCAUUAUAGUCAGCUGAAAUGCAUCCAGAAUUCAUGUCGAGGUACUCUAUAGGAUUUUCUC